AUGACAACAGGGACGCUGAGAGCCGCUUACAGUAACAAUUGGUACCUGGGCAGGGAAGAAGACAAGAAGUCGUUGGAUAUUCUUUGCACCAUGUCCAGGAAACCGUUUGAAUUCGGUUUUAUUAUACCAGCUAAUUUGGAUACCUUCGUAACGGUACUCAAAUCAGCUUUUUCCUAUUACAACUUUUUGAAAGCCAUUGCUGAUGAAGAAUAA